AUGUUAUUUGUGAUGUUUAAAGAUCAUGCCGGGCCAAAGGUCCUUGAGCAAUCAGUUCCAUCUGUGUCCGCAUACCAGACCGGGAGUAUCCGCAGCUCCUCCACGGCCUCCUGCCUGCAGCACAGAUUCACAGGGACAGAUCUUCACACCCACCCAGACCCGCAGACUGAGCUCUCCGGGAGCCACCCCGGCUUCUCUCUGCAAACUGAGAGGAGCCACUGCGCCGGGGUGCAAGAGCCGGGGCUUCCAGUUCUGUUGAUUUUGAGCAAGGAUUCCUGUUCUACAUGGGGUGGAGGCCAUUUUUCAACCUUUGAUAAAUACCAGUAUGACUUCACUGGGACUUGCAACUAUAUCUUUGCAACUGUAUGUGAUGAAACCAGCCCAGACUUCAACAUUCAGUUCCGCCGUGGGAUGGACAAAAAAAUUGCAAGGAUCAUUAUUGAGCUUGGACCUUCUGUUGUCAUUGUUGAGAAAGGCAGCAUUUCUGUCAGGAGUGUUGGAAUUAUUAAGUUGCCUUAUACUAGCAAUGGAAUUCAAAUAGCACCUUAUGGACACAACAUCCGCCUGGUCGCCAAGCUGAUGGAGAUGGAACUAGUUGUCAUGUGGAACAAUGAUGACUAUCUCAUGGUUUUGGCUGAAAAAAAAUACAUGGGGAAAGUCUGUGGAAUGUGUGGAAAUUAUGAUGGUUAUGAAUGGAAUGAAUUUGUGCGUGAAGGUAAAUUGCUGGACACGUACAAAUUUGCUGCAUUACAAAAAAUGGAUGAUCCAUCAGAGAUCUGCCUGUCUGAGGAGAUACCAAUUUCUACUGUUCCUCACAAAAAAUAUGCCAUGAUCUGCUCUCAGCUACUUAAUUUGGUGUCACCAACCUGCAGUGUGCCAAAGGACGGGUUUGUCAUUCGUUGCCAGCUUGAUAUGCAGGACUGCAGUGAGCCAGGACAAAACAACUGCGCUUGCUCUACACUGUCAGAAUAUUCAAGGCAAUGUGCUAUGUCCCACCAGAUGGUGUUCAACUGGAGAACUGAAAAUUUCUGUUCUGUGGGAAAAUGUUCUGCAAACCAAAUCUAUGAGGAAUGUGGUUCUCCAUGUAUUAAAACCUGUUCCAACCCAGAGUACAGCUGUUCCAGUCACUGUACCUACGGUUGCUUUUGUCCAGAAGGAACUGUUCUUGAUGAUAUCUCCAAGAAUCGAACGUGUGUUCACAUUAGCCAGUGUCCAUGUACACUGAAUGGGAAGCCAUACGCUCCUGGUGAGACAAUGAAAGCAACAUGUAGGACCUGCAAAUGUAUGAUGGGUCAAUGGGACUGCAAAGAUUUGCCCUGUCCUGGAAGGUGUUCACUGGAAGGAGGCUCCUUUGUUACCACGUUUGAUUCCAGGUCGUACAUAUUCCAUGGGGUUUGCACUUACGUUCUCAUGAAGAGUGCCAGCCUGCCACACAAUGGAACCCUAAUGGCAGUAUACGAAAAGACUGGUUAUUCUCAUUCCGAAACGUCACUUAGUGCUAUAAUUUACCUAUCCACAAAGGACAAAAUUGUGAUUUCUCAGAAUGAUCUCCUCACAGAUGAUGAUGAACUUAAGCGGCUGCCUUACAGAUCAGGAGACAUUACUGUUUUCAGGCAGUCCUCAAUGUACGUUCAAAUGCAUACAACCUUUGGGCUGGAACUUGUAGUUCAAACAUCACCUGUGUUCCAAGCCCAUGUGAAAGCUGGAUCACAAUUCAAAGGCAGAACACUAGGUUUGUGUGGCAAUUACAAUGGAGACACUACAGAUGACUUCAUGACUAGCAUGGAUAUCACUGAAGGGACAGCCUCCUUGUUUGUAGAUUCCUGGAGGGCAGGAAAUUGCCAUCCUGCUUUAGAGAGAGAGACUGACCCUUGUGCUUUGAGUCAACUAAACAAAAUAUCUGCUGAGACUCAUUGCUCCGUUCUCACCAAGAAGGGUACAGUGUUCGAGAAAUGCCAUGCUGUGGUCAACCCUAUUCCUUUCUACAAGAGAUGUGUCUACCAGGCCUGUAACUAUGAAGAGACCUUUCCAUACAUUUGUUCUGCUCUGGGAUCAUAUGCACGAGCAUGCAGUUCAAUGGGUUUAAUCCUUGAGGACUGGAGAGGCAGUAUGGACAAUUGUACCAUUACUUGCACUGGCAAUCAAACAUUCAGCUACAACGCUCAGGCAUGUGACAGGACAUGCUUGUCACUCUCCAACCGAGCCCUGGAAUGUCAUCCAACUGAUAUUCCUGUUGAAGGCUGCCAGUGCCCUAAAGGACUGUACUUAAACCACAAGAAUGAGUGUGUUCGUAAAUCUCAUUGUCCCUGCUAUUUGGAAGAUAGAAAAUACAUCCUGCCUGACCAGUCAACAAUAACUGGUGGGAUCACCUGCUACUGUGUUAAUGGAAGGCUAAGUUGCACAGGCAAACCUCAAAAUCCUGCAGAAAGCUGCAAAGCUCCUAAGAAAUACAUAUCAUGUUCUGACAGUUUAGAAAACAAGUAUGGAGCUGCAUGUGCCCCUACCUGUCAGAUGCUGGCUACUGGAAUUGAAUGUAUACCAACUAAAUGUGAAUCAGGCUGUGUCUGUGCUGAUGGCCUAUAUGAAAAUCUCGAUGGCAAGUGUGUUCCAGCUGAGGAGUGUCCAUGUGAAUAUGGUGGCCUUUCUUAUGGAAGAGGUGAACAAAUCCAAACUGAAUGUGAGAUCUGCACUUGCACAAAAGGCAAAUGGAAAUGUGUUCAGAAAUCAAGGUGUUCCUCAACUUGUAACCUUUAUGGAGAAGGCCACAUCACCACUUUUGAUGGACAGCGUUUUGUGUUUGAUGGCAACUGUGAAUACAUAUUAGCUACGGAUGGCUGCAGCAUUAAUAGACCUGUUUCCUCUUUCAAAAUUGUUACUGAGAAUGUCAUCUGUGGGAUAUCAGGAGUUACAUGCUCCAGGUCCAUCAGCAUUUACCUUGGGAAUUUGACAAUCAUACUGAGAGAUGAAACCUUCGCUAUUUCUGGGGAAAAUCCUAGUGUACGAUAUCAUGUGAAAAAGAACGCCCUUCACCUGAUGUUUGAUAUCAUUAUCCCAGGAAAAUACAACAUGACCCUUAUUUGGAAUAAGCACAUGAACUUCUUCAUCAAGAUUUCCAGAGGAACACAGGAAACUCUAUGCGGUUUGUGUGGGAACUAUAAUGGCAAUAUGAAGGAUGAUUUUGAAACUCGAAGCAAGUAUGUGGCAUCAAAUGAAUUGGAAUUUGUCAAUUCUUGGAAAGAGAAUCCUCUCUGUGGGGAUGUAUACUUUGUAGUGGAUCCUUGUAGCAAGAACCCUUAUCGUAAAGCAUGGGCAGAAAAGACAUGUUCUGUCAUCAAUGGCGAGGUUUUUUCUGCCUGUCACAAUAAGGUGAAUCGGAUGCCCUAUUAUGAGGCCUGUGUUCGAGACUCUUGUGGGUGUGACACUGGAGGGGACUGUGAAUGCAUGUGUGAUGCCAUUGCAGUCUAUGCCAUGGCAUGUUUAGAGAAAGGUAUCUGCAUUGACUGGAGGACCCCUGAGUUCUGUCCUGUCUAUUGUGAAUACUACAAUUCUCAUAAAAGAACAGGAGUUGACAGUGCUUAUUCCUCUGACUACAAUGAUGACAAAUGCACCUGGCAUUACAGGCCUUGUAAUUGCCCAAACCAAAACUACAAAUAUGUCAACAUUGAAGGUUGUUACAACUGCUCUCAUGAUGAAUACUUUGACCAUGAAGAGAACAGGUGCAUGCCAUGUGGAGAAGAAAGCACUAGCACCACACUUGAAACAUCUUCACCUUCACCAGUAACAACAGUGCAGCCUAAAGUAACAGGAAGCUCUGCUGCAAGCACCCUACCAACAGUACCUAGUGCUUCUACAACUGCUAUAUCAACUGAGAUUACAAAUCCAACAAUAACUGCAAAAACUACAGUUCCGAGAACUUCACCCAUACAACCUCUUGUCACAACGAAGUCAGCAACUGAACAUACAACAUCAAUUUCUACCACACCGAACAUGACUACAACCAUCACUACUCCUUCCAUAACUACCACAACAAAGAGAACCAUGACCACUAUACCAAGGUCUACACCUGCUGCCUCAUCAACUGCUGCUUCAACAGAGACAGAACAAGUACGGUUCACCUCCCCAUCCUUCAAGACCACUACCAAAAAGGAAAUGACAACCUCCUCAUUGCCUACUCAAACCCUGUCUCAGAGCAUAACUUUCAGCGAGCCUAAACUAACAACAGCAGUUGUCACCCACAUAAGAACGUUGACACAGCCUGUGCAGCAUCUUGUCUCUCAGACACAGACCACCCCUGCCACGUCCACCAGCAGCACCUCUGUCCCAAGAGAGACCAGUCCUGCCACCAGCCCAGGAGUUCCACUGGCAAGGACAUCUCCAAGCCCGAGCUCUUUGCCUGCCACCUCAGCCUCAUCUGCUUCUUCCCUCUCCUCAACUGGGUCCUCGACAUGGCUGGGAACAUCACAUCCUGCCUUCACCCAUAAAAAGUCAACUGAGCCACACACUGAGCAACCUCUGACCACACAGAAGACCACAGCCGCAACCUCCAUCAGCAGCACCUCCAAGACCUCUGUCUCCACAGAGACCAGCCCACCAAGCAGCACAGAACUCCCUCUGACAACAACAUCUCCAAAUCCCAGCUCUCCACCUGCCCCCAGCAGCCCACUCAGCACCCGGCUGCCAUCUGCUCCCACUUCCACAGUCUAUUCCACAGCAGUUCUAAGCACCAGCUUCAGGCCUACACCUACAACCCUGAGGCCCAAGCCCUCGUUUCCAGUGACAAGUGCUCCACAAGAGUCUCCUGCAGCAGAGUCCUCUGCACCCACCACAGCCAAAACUAGCACAGUGCCAUCUCCUGCUCCUUCUCCCUCCUCAACUGUGUCCUCAACGUGGCUGAGCUCCUCACAGCCUGCCUUCACCCAUAAAAAGUCAACUGAGCCCCACACUGAGCCAACGCUGACCACACAGAAGACCACAGCUGCCACCUCCAUCAGCAGCACCUCCAAGACCUCUGUCUCCACAGAGACCAGCCCUCCAAGCAGCACAGAACUCCCUCUGACAACAUCUCCAAAUCCCAGCUCUCCACCUGCCCCCAGCAGCCCACUCAGCACCCGGCUGCCAUCUGCUCCCACUUCCACAGUCUAUUCCACAGCAGCUCCAAGCACCAGGCCCAGGCCUACACCUACAACCCUGAGGCCCAAGCCCUCGUUUCCAGUGACAACCUUCACCCAUAAAAAGUCAACUGAGCCCCACACUGAGCCAACGCUGACCACACAGAAGACCACAGCUGCCACCUCCAUCAGCAGCACCUCCAAGACCUCUGUCUCCACAGAGACCAGCCCACCAAGCAGCACAGAACUCCCUCUGACAACAACAUCUCCAAAUCCCAGCUCUCCACCUGCCCCCAGCAGCCCACUCAGCACCCGGCUGCCAUCUGCUCCCACUUCCACAGUCUAUUCCACAGCAGCUCCAAGCACCAGCCCCAGGCCUACACCUACAACCCUGAGGCCCAAGCCCUCAUUUCCAGUGACGAGUGCUCCACAAGAGUCUCCUGCAGCAGAGUCCUCUGCACCCACCACAGCCAAAACCACCUUCACCCAUAAAAAGUCAACUGAGCCACACACUGAGCCAACUCUGACCACGCAGAAGACCACGGACGCAACCUCCAUCAGCAGCACCUCCAAGACCUCUGUCUCCACAGAGACCAGCCCACCAAGCAGCACAGAACUCCCUCUGACAACAACAUCUCCAAAUCCCAGCUCUCCACCUGCCCCCAGCAGCCCACUCAGCACCCGGCUGCCAUCUGCUCCCACUUCCACAGUCUAUUCCACAGCAGCUCCAAGCACCAGCCCCAGGCCUACACCUACAACCCUGAGGUCCAAGCCCUCUUCCCCUACAACCUUCACCCAUAAAAAGUCAACUGAGCCACACACUGAGCCAACUCUGACCACGCAGAAGACCACGGCCGCAACCUCCAUCAGCAGCACCUCCAAGACCUCUGUCUCCACAGAGACCAGCCCACCAAGCAGCACAGAACUCCCUCUGACAAUAACAUCUCCAAAUCCCAGCUCUCCACCUGCCCCCAGCAGCCCACUCAGCACCCGGCUGCCAUCUGCUCCCACUUCCACAGUCUAUUCCACAGCAGCUCCAAGCACCAGCCCCAGGCCUACACCUACAACCCUGAGGCCCAAGCCCUCAUUUCCAGUGACAAGUGCUCCACAGGAGUCUCCUGCAGCAGAGUCCUCUGCACCCACCACAGCCAAAACCAGCACAAAUCCCAGAAUUCUUAGCGUUGGAAUGGACAUCUGGACAUCAUUACCUGCCUGCCAAGAAGGGGUCUCUUAG